CGAGGGAUGAGAUAAUCAAAGUUUGAUGCAUAUUUGAGUAUUUUUCCUAUUAAUAAUAACUCGGCACUUGUCCGUUUGUUCACCGGCGAUCAUUGAUUCUGCGGUGACUGGCUCAUUCUCCCUAUCUAGAAGGCGGCUCUCCAUUUCGUAUUUGUCUCUUUCCGGUCCUCGACAAGGCUCUUAAACGUGAACUGCUGUGAAAGAUGGAGCAGGACCACUUGGCUGAGUCGCUCAAUGACCUUUUAACAAAUGUUUCCACGAUGAUUAGAGGCGAGCUCCAGGAAACUAACAAUGUACUUGAACUUGUGGAGAAAAUGAAUACAAGAGUUGCUGAAGAAUAUAAAGGCUUUGGAGAUGUGGCUUCAGGAUUGACUAUCUUUGUGGAGCAAUUGAAGUGUAAGAGUGGCAGCUUUGACGAGUAUGUUCAACAGAUUGACACAAUUGAACAGCAAGUUACAGAAUUUGAAGCUGUAAUUUCGAUGCUUGAUAAGUAUGUUUCACUGCUGGAAUCCAAAGUGCAUUCUGCUUACCAAAUUCCUCCACCAUGAAUCAACAUUUUUUCGUCUUCUUUUUGUUUCAAAUGCAAUACCCUAAAAGUUGUUCCUGGAUUGAAUCAAACUUGGUUUUUGUAUGUUAUCAAGCAACAUCAUACAUAUAACAAGAAAAUGAAUUUACCAA